UCUCGGCAAGCCCCCUCCCCUCUUCGCAGUCUCAUGCAGACGCAGCGGGGCAAUGUACUCGGUCCCAUGUUCAGCCACCUGCGGCCACUAUGUUUGUUGGAGGUGGUCAUAUGUGAGACACACACCGUACGCCACCCAAGUUGGUGGCGGGUAUGGCGUGGGCAGUGCACAUACGUUGCUGGUGGGAAAUGGGUUCGGCUUCGUUGCUCACGUGUUCGCCACGCAACAGACAUUUGAGAGGGGGAGUGCAAUGCGGAAUGAUCGACCUUGGUCCCCGCAAUCCGGGCAGAGUUCCCAGCCAUCGCACGACCUGUACUCCAGCACCACCACUCUGUCCAGCAGGCGAUCACCUUCCACUCCCGGUCCUUCCAGCGUGGACGCCGACGGAUGCGACAUAGACAAUGCAUGGACGCCGCAUUGCGGGACUUCUAUCCCGUCAGGGUUCGACAGCGAUGCCGCAAACGGCUACGAUGGUCAAGCGUGCGAGGAUAUGGAGGAUGACACUAGUAAUGGAGAUGGAGACGAUGUUGACGACGAUAAUGGCAAUGGAGACGACGUUCCAAAAACGGACAAAGUCGGUGAUUCCAAUUGGAGACACGAUAGCAGACGUGGGUAGAAAAAAGGUCGGAACGACGGACCACCGAGAAACAAAAAACAAAACCUACC